AUGUAUCUACCGUAUGGAAGUGAAGAACAGCUGCGCAUCCCCAAGAACCAUGGCCCUGCGACGAUCAACUCUAUUGUAGCGAAUCGGGAUCGGUCUCUAAUCGCAACUGUGACGGAUGAUACGCUACACAUCUAUUUGGCCAACCCGCAGCUGCUGCUCGUCUCCUUGCCAAGAGAUCCAGCCGACGUUCUCGACAAGGGAUCUUUUCAAAAGAUCAUAUGGCGAUACGAUUCGCAAGCACUCGCCGUUUUGACCUCGAGGACCCAUAUUUUGAUCUAUCGUGUGGAAUUGUCGCAGGAGAACUGUUAUAAUUUCACCGACCCUCCACAUAUCGAGACUCAACGUCAUAGCCAAGAGCUUUUUCUAAAGGGACAUCGCCCGAUUACCCAGCUAAAUCUUGCUGUUGUCGUCAAUUUGGCUGCUCGAGCUACUGCUGCUUUGAUACGGGAGGACCUGCUGGUCUGUCUGACAAAUGGGUUUACGCAUCGUAUAUCUUGGGCUGGACAGGUUGAUGCCGAAUAUUCCAUCCGCCUUUCAACUGUGCCUUUCGCUUAUGAUCAGUUACAAAGUCGAGCCGAAUACAUCCCCGAGGGAAUCUUUGUCAGGGACAUCGUCUUCGCCCCAUUGAUUGGUGGCUAUUGCAUGGUGUUCAGCGAUGGACGAGCUGGGCUCUUGACGUCGCAGGACGUCAAAUUCCAUCCAAAGACCCUCCUCGGCGUCUGGGCGCAUCAGCUCCGGGAUGCAGUUUGCGUCGACAUGAACCACAUCCAUCGGUUGCUCAUUUUUGGCUGCGAAAAUGGUGAUAUCGCUGGUUUUCACGUCGACGAGUCGAGCGGGGCACUGAUUUUGGCGUUUCGGGUGGCGCUAAAAGUCAAGGAUGGGCCAGAAAUCUUAAAUCGACUUGGCCCCGUGCUUCGCAUCAACGUCGUGCCACACUGCGCCGCGUUUUCCGUUUUAUGGGGUCCAAAAUCGGCGAAUAAAGAGAAGAAAACUCAGGACGGCUUCAAUCUGACGGCUCUGGCGUUGUUUAGUGCAUAUGGAGCCCAAAUAUGGUCGUCAUUAGAAGGCUCUUACGAUGCACCCUUGCCAUCGGAAAAUCUAACAGCCGUAGAAUGGGGCCCGGAAGGGCUGCAUUUAUGGUUGGGUCGACUCUCUGGACUCUCUUUACUUCCAACGCUCAAAAGUGCCGCUGUGAAUAAUCCAGUUAUGGAAAAUGCAAGUCGUAUUCUGCUCGUCGGCUCCUCGAAUCUACUCCUUUCUCCUGUGCGAGAACGCGAGGCAAAAGCUUCAGCCCCACAUUCCGUCUGGUCGAGCAUUUCACCGCAUUCCGAAUAUCUAGCAUCAAAUUGGCCGAUUAGGUUUGCUGCCAUCGAUCGUGAAGAGGUGAAAUAUCUAGCGAUUGCUGGCACUCGCGGAUUGGCGCAUAUGAAUAUAGAAAAGGGAAAAUGGAAGAUUUUCGGAAAUGAAUCACAGGAGCGCGAAAUCAACGUCACCGGCGGGAUUUUUAUCUGGAAAGGAACAGUUGGGGCAGCAUGUACACAAGUGGAGAGCGGUGCGGAAUUGUUGAGAUUCUAUCCUCUGAGCACAAAACUUGACAAUCAUUAUUGCUCGGAGCUGGAGACGGAAAGUCGUAUUGUUGCUAUGAAUGUACGUGAGGAUUGCCUGGUCACGUUUGAUUUCGACUCUCGAAUUCUGCUUUAUCGGCUGACGGCCAGUCAGAGCUCAAAAUCCGCGGACGCCUACAUACGUGUUGCUGUCGAUCGCGCCGCCGAAAUUCGCGUCGGCGAUUUCAUCCCGCAUCCCGUUUGCCUGACGUCAAUUCAUGUCACCGAGCUGACCCACGAUAAGCCCAAGACCCAUGCCGUCGAAUCCUCAAUGUUCAUGCGCGGUGUGGACACGGUGCUCGUCAACGUUUCCGGCAAGCUGAUCACGCUCAAUCCAAAGGGAGCGACAGCGGCGGAUGAGAGGGACGACAUCAAAUUUCAGUUGAGCCAACCGAUCGUCAUCGCGUCGUUUGUGGAGCAUAUUUGGCACGAUUUGACGAGCCGGGCGACAAAAUCGGGCCGCACCCAACACCUCUCCAACGCCAUCUGGAUCAACUGCGGGGCGAAAGGAUUGCGGGUCUGGCUCCCCCUGCUUCCUGGCCGUCGGCCCCAGCAAGAUUCGUUCAACGCCCGUCGCAUCAUGUUGCCUUUCAGCCUCGACAUCCGGCCAGCUAUGAUCUGCAGUAUGGAUUGUAUCGCCGUCGGCUUGGAAAGCACCCCCAUCACCUAUGGCAGCCCCAAGCACUGUACCACGCUUUUCAAUGUUCAUCGGAAUAGUGAAGUCUUCAUCCACCACAUCCUCAAAGAACUCCUCAAGCGUAACCUCGGCGCGUUUGCCAUCGAGAUUGCGCGCUCGUGUCGCCACCUGCCCUACUUUCCGCAUGCCCUGGAGCUGUUGUUGCACGGCGUCUUGGAGGAGGAGGCGACGAGUAGCGAACCGAUUCCAGACCCUCUGCUCCCGCGCAUCGUCGCAUUCAUCCAAGAAUUCCCUGAAUUCCUACGGACGAUCGCCCAUUGCGCGCGGAAAACCGAACUCGCACUUUGGCCGACACUUUUCACCGUCACUGGAUCGCCAAAUGAUAUUUUUGAGGUCUGCUUACGAGACGGAGAACUACAAACGGCAGCCAGCUACCUAAUCGUCUUGCAGAGCAUCGAAAACUCGGCCAUUAGUCUGGAGCAAGCCGCACGUCUUCUACGCGAGGCACUAUCGGCCGGAGAAUGGACUCUAGCGCAAGACAUGCUCCGAUUUGCCUCCUCCAUCGACGCCGAUGACAUUGAAAGUCAGCCGAGAACUCCACCGCCGCAGGCCGUAAAAAUGUCACGAAGAAAAGGGACAACCUCGGCAGAAGAUGAACUUGUCGUCACACGAUUUCAAGCCGUACCCUCCUCGAAGACGUCGUCCCGAAUUCGCAGCGAGACGCAGGUCAAUGGAGCGAGCAGAAAGGAUAGUGGCGGGUCUGGGAGAAGAUUGAGCAAGGCCCUUUCCGCCGAGCUCUCCCUUUCGCCUACAUUCACCAACGCGAUGAUCGAGCGGAUGCAGGCGAUUUUGCGGGAGCACGCGAUGAGCCUUUUGCGAGAACAUUGCGUCAGAGAUUUGGGUUUCUUCUGCUCCCACCUCAACUUCGACCUGGUCUCUCUUGUCGCGGCUGGCGGCUCGUCCUUUGAAGUGGCCGACUUCCCAUCAGCCAUUACACGACUUCACGCUCAAUUCGAAUGGCCGUAUCCCGUUGCCGGCCACAAAGUUGUCGAUCACCUGACCCGCAAAUUCGGCUCCCUCCGCACCAGCCAGAGCUCGAUCAGCCUUGCCGGCAAUCCGGCGUGCCCUGGAAUGUUUCGACAUUCCGCCACUAACCGCCUCCCUUGUCGCUUUCUUUUUCCGAAGCGGUAUCACCAAAAAAUUCCGGGAUUUUUGUGGCGCUUUUCGGGUUCUCCCUACAAUCCCUCACGACCACCGGCCGGAUCGAUUUUUGGAAGGGAUGGAGAUGAGCCUGUCGUCCAACCGGACGAAUCUGUUUUUGGCGACGUCUCCACCGUAGUCCAAGAAGCUCCGCUGCGACCGGCUGAAUUGAUUGGAGCCCUCAACGGCAAGAAGGACAGCAGUGGCGACUCGGUGGAAGCCCCCUCCCAAUCCACAGCCAUGCUUCGAGAUGAAGGUGGACGGCCCCCAAGCCCCAGCGGCUCUUCCAUCGCCCCCAGCACCCCGAAUGGAGCAACACCUUCCGCUUCCUACGAUAUCAGCGCCGUCGAAGUUCUUUGCGGUCCGGCGGCGGCUCGCGGCUCUGAAACGAGCGACUCCCAGUUGAUGCACAUGAUCCGACUGUUCGAACAAGCGCAGGCAGUCGAUUGGAUCUUUUUGCUCUGCCUGGUCCGCCGUGAUUCCCAGACGUUACGAGGCUUCUUGAACAUCUCCACGGCCCGAAAUUUCCCUGGCGACACCCUGGCGCGACUGCGUAGUGGCAGCGAGGAUUUGAUGGUGUGGGCCCAGCAAAUGUGCCCGGGCUACCUGCCAAUCCUUCAAGUCUUCGUCGCGCACAUCGAGAUGGUCGCCGAGGCUGUCGGCUUAUCAAUUCAACAUCACAAUGGGAAGCAGGCGCAGAAGCCGAAUUUGACGGCAAAUGGCAGUGUUCCAGAAAAACGCGCGCCACCCACGCGAGCAGCCGAUCCUCUGGGAGCUGCCGGCAAUCGUCGCACUCUACGCGCCGCCUUCGACCCGUCCACGUCAUCGCGCCGUCAUCGAGAACGCUCCAGAAGCGUCGACCGCGGAAUGGCACACCACGCCGUCAGCACAGCCGACGAAGCCAACGAUUGCUCAAUUAUG